AAGUCACAACAGUUCCUAGAGUGUCCACUAACAGGAACUCACCUGGAGGGACAUCUGACUACAGGUCAGUUCCUGUUCCCUCAGACAUGCAAAUGAGUUGGAUUAGAUAAGCCCUAGCCUGCAAUCACUCGCUCUCUCUUAGCUACUUCCUCCCUCGAUGAGGACACAUCUCCAGAGAAUCUCCAGUUAGCAUGGUUCUCACUCUAGGCCUGCAGCCAAGAGUGAGACCAAAUGGAGUCUUACUUUACUAAGUAGUCUCUAGAUAUAUAUAUACUUGUAACUUUUCUAAGCAAGCCUGCCUUUCUGAGAUUAUGCUGUAACUCAGGAUGAAACUUGCAACCUAGAGGGGAUGUGGGUGAACGAUCUGGGCUCCCAGAUGCUCAUCGGGCCCGUUAACGCGGCCGGCCAGUUCUCGGGCUACUACCUGGCCGCCGUCUCGGCUGCCCCCGACGCCGCCAUCCGGGAGUCGCCCCUGCACGGCACGCAGCACCCCGACCCCCCACGCGCCCAGCCCACCUUCGGCUUCUCCGUCAACUGGUCCUUCUACGACUCCACCACCGUCUUCGUGGGGCAGUGCUUCUUGGAUGAAAACGGCGAUGAGUUCUUGGAGGCGACGUGGCUGCUGCGGGAGGAGGUGGCGACUCACGCUGACAACUGGAAGGCCACCCGGGUUGGCGGGACUGUCUAUGUCCGUGUCAGGAGAUAAAAAGGAACCAGGAUCUGGGCCUGCUUCUGCUACUUGUGCGUAGGACCAGCUAGAAGACAAUUCCCCUUCCCUCCACCAACACUGCCUCCCUGCCUUUUCCACAGGGAGGGGGCAAUAAUCCCCCCUCAGGGCAGGGGUGGGGGGGGUGCUGUUACCACCCCACCUGCUAGAGAGAACAUUUGCUGCAGGUGGUGACAGCUUUUUGCUAAGGAUUUAUUCUCUGCGCUUGCUAGGGGCUUUUUGGUGGCCUUUUACGUAUUUUAAACCUGCUUUUAAAUUCUCUGUGCCUGCCCCAGAGAACUGUCUCAUGGGGCAGUUGCAGAAAACCAAUAAAGAAACCUUUCUACUAUUAAACCUGUCAGAAAAAUCACCAUUAAAAAAAUCCUUCAGUAGCACCUUA